CGUCGGUGGCGGGAGAUGUAUAAGCAGCAGGGGGCGGCGGGAGGGGCGGGGCUGGACCGGAAGCGCAUCAGCGACGUGCUCGACAAGCACCUGGACAAGGCCGUCGCCGCGUCGCCCUCCACGUCCAGGGGAUCGGCGGGUGCCCGAGGCGACCACAACCGCCUCGUCGUGCCCUCCUCCCUCCCCAAGGGCCGCUGCUCCGAAGGCGAGUCUGAAUCUGACAGUGAAGCAUCAGAUGUUAGUGGUUCUGAUGGAGAAGACACCUCAUGGAUUUCGUGGUAUUGCAACCUAAGAGGGAAUGAGUUCUUCUGUGAAGUCGAUGAGGAUUACAUACAAGAUGACUUCAAUCUUUGUGGGCUUAGCAGUCAAGUUCCAUAUUAUGAUUAUGCUCUUGAUCUCAUUUUGGAUAUCGAGUCCUCUCAUGGUGAUAUUUUCACGGAAGAACAAAAUGAGUUAGUUGAAUCAGCUGCAGAGAUGUUGUAUGGGCUGAUUCAUGCACGAUACAUUCUGACAAGUAAAGGAUUGGCUGCUAUGCUGGAGAAGUAUAAGAACUAUGACUUCGGACGAUGUCCACGAGUUUAUUGCUGUGGCCAACCAUGUCUACCUGUUGGACAAUCAGAUAUUCACCGGUCUAGCACCGUGAAGAUAUUCUGCCCUAAGUGUGAAGACAUCUACUAUCCACGGUCUAAAUACCAAGGCAAUAUCGACGGAGCCUACUUUGGGACAACAUUUCCUCACAUGUUUCUGAUGACAUACGAUCACCUCAAACCUCAGAAGCCCUCACAGCGCUACAUUCCUCGCGUAUUCGGCUUCAAGCUCCACAAGCCAUGACAAGGAGGUGACCUGGGAUGACAUCGAAUGAAAAGUCGGCAGACCUCUUUUUUGGGGGAUCUAGAGGCCCAGGAAGUCUACUGUAAGAGUGUAAUUGCCAGCUGGAAAUCUGGAUCAUGCGAUUCUCAAUGUGUGCCCUGGCUGGUCUGUUCAACAUUAGAAAUGUAGCUAUAAAAGAAGACACGAGUCAAUGUUGUAACAUAAUUCCAACUCUAUUGGUUAGUUAAGUGUGGACCUCUGGUUCAAAACCAGCAGCUGCUACUUAUCAGCGCUGAUCCACAUUAAAAUUUAUGCUUUGAAAUAUCAUCUGUAUCCAGCAGCAGCUAUUUGCCAGCACUGAUCCUCCUUUUAAGUACUGUAAAAUUUAUGCUUGAAAUUAUCAACUCUUGUCGAACA